AUGGCGGGAGCUGUGAAGUUGGCCGAUAGAUACCUAAUGACGAAGCGACUUGGUGAUGGAACCUUUGGUGAAGUCAUGCUCGCCAAAAAAAUCGACACUGGCGACGUCGUCGCCAUCAAACGAAUGAAAAAGAAAUUCUAUAGUUGGGAGGAGGCGAUGGCGCUGCGCGAGGUGAAAUCGCUCAAGAAGCUCAACCAUCCGAAUAUAAUCAAACUUCGCGAAGUGAUUAGGGAGAAUGACAUAUUGUAUUUCAUUUUUGAGUUUAUGCAGGAGAACCUCUACGAAUUGAUGAAGGACAGAGAUCGCUACUUUCCGGAAAGUGUAAUUCGAAAUAUUAUUUAUCAAGUACUCCAGGGACUAGCUUUUAUGCACAAAAAUGGAUUUUUCCAUCGCGACAUGAAACCGGAAAACAUCAUGUGCAAUGGAACGGAACUCGUGAAAAUCGCCGAUUUCGGACUGGCGCGUGAAAUUCGCUCGAAGCCGCCAUAUACGGACUAUGUGUCGACGAGAUGGUAUCGCGCACCGGAAAUUCUGCUCAGAUCGACUUCCUACAAUUCGCCAAUCGAUAUUUGGGCAUUAGGUUGCAUUAUGGCCGAAUUAUACAUGUUGCGGCCGCUAUUUCCCGGCACUUCCGAAAUGGAUCAAUUAUUCAAAAUUAUUUCGAUAUUAGGCACACCGACGAAGUACGAAUGGCCUGAAGGCUAUCAAUUGGCGUCGGCGAUGAACUUUCGAUUCCAGCAGGUUGUCGCGACGCCGAUGGAGCAGGUCGUCAACACGAUAUCGAAAGAGGGCAUGAAGUUGAUGAUGGACAUGAUGUUGUGGAAUCCCGAGAAACGUCCAAACGCCAAUCAAUCGUUGAGAUACAAAUAUUUUCAGGUUGGCGAAAAACUUGGCGCGCCGGUUGUCAGCCAGCCGGCGCCGGGAAGCCAUCGAAAGACGAGCGCCGGCUCGACGAAAAGCGACACGAAAGCGUUCACCGCGAAAACCUCCAAGAAAGACUUUGCCGAUUCGGAGAACGUUUCGCCUCAACCGCCGCCGAAAAUCAUCGAACGGCAUGCCAAUCGCAACAUUUCAUUGAAUAAGGCGAAUCUUUUCGAAAAAAACGAUUCGAAACCGUUGGCGCCGAAACCGCACGAGCCGAAGCAGACCGCCAAAGAUUUGUACUUGUCAAAGUCCAAAUAUGUGCCAGGCCAAAUGACGAAAGAGGGCCAAAUCAUGACGAAUAAUGGUGUGACGGGCACGACGAAGACGACGACGUUCAGCGCGAAGAAGGAAGGCCGAAACGCGGUGCAGACAAGGUUCGAGUACGCGUACGGGUACGUGCCAAACUUCGGCACGCGCAAUCCGAAUCCGACGCACACCAACAAUAGUGGUAACAGUGCGACGAAGUUGACGAAUGCGGGUCGAAUCGAUUGGGCUGCCAAGUGA